AUGACAACUUUGGAGGAGAUGAGGGGUGCAGCAAGGAAGGGAACAGGGUUAGGGUCUGCUCGGUCAGCACCCUCCACCAGCAAACACAAAGCCGGUGAAGAUAGGAGGGCUUUCCACUUCACCAGGGGCCCUAGUAUCAAUGAUGUCAGAGUAUGCCACAAUGUGCAUGCCCUCCAAGAACUGACGACGACUCGUGAUGCUGAUGCUGCGGAUAUGGAAGAGUGGAAAGUGAGAGUGGUGUCCAUGGCUGCAUACAGGGGUCCAUCUCAAGAUAACGGGGUGUGUGUCAUGGUGUCAGGGGAUGGCAGUGAAGUUUUAAGCAUCCCAGGAAGAGUUUCUACCCAGAAGAAGGGGGGAACAACGGGCAAAGGUGGUCUUACAGGAAAAGAGAGGGGGGAGUUGGGUGCUUGGGUGAAAAGAUGGUGGUCAGGCAGAUCACACCCGAGCAAGUACAUAGCCCAGGCCAAGGCUAGCAAGGGACUUGAUGUGUAUGCCAAGGUGGUGCAGCAUUUGUAG